UCCAGUAAAGAGCAUCACAGCAGAGCAGACAGCCUCCUAACAGCUCUCAUACAGGACUGCAGCAGGACUUUAAACAUUUGUUCAGGAUGAACAGAAGACCACAGGAGGAAAUUGAGGAAAUCAAAGAAGAAGAAGAUAACUAUGUUAAUGCUCCAGCCUGGACUGUGGAUAAAGUGGCAGCCCCUCCAGACCAGAGGUCUCUCUUCUUCUCUCAGUCUUUUCCACUGAUAGCAGUGUGUUGGCUGAUACUGUUAGUCAUCAUGGGCCUUCGUAUCCACUUUACUUCUGUUAACGACGCCAAGCUGACGGCAGAAAUCCAGCAGCUGACAGCAGUAAACCAGCAGCUGGAGACACAGAAGAAGAACUUAACAGAACAAAUACAAAACAUGGAGACAAACUGGAAUGAGCUCAACGUCAGCCGAGCUCAGUGGAGCAUUGAUGCCUACUGCCCCAAAAGAAGUAACGUGAGACAGUGUAAAGCUUGUCAGAAUGGCUGGGAACUCACCGGGUCUAACUGCUAUGUGUAUUAUGACGCUGAUCCUCCUAAUCAGAAAACCUGGCAAGAAGCUCGAGAAGACUGCAGAGGAAAGGGUUCAGAUCUGGUUGUUGUACAUAGUCAAGUGGAACAGCAUCUCCUCUACUGA